AUGUACAAACUGGUUGUAUUCGCCGCUCUCCUGGCCGUAGCGGCCGCCGCCCCCGGCCUCAUCGGAGCGCCGUAUGCCGCACCGUACGCCGCGCCCUUAGCAUCCCCAUGGGGAGCGGGCUACGUCGGCGCCCCGCUGGUCAGCGCUGGAGUAGUCAAGACCGUUGCACCGGUUGCUACUUCUUACGCUAACACCGUCAGGAUUGCUUCCCCAGCUGUGGUUGCAGCUCAUGCUCCCCUGGUAGCCGCCCACGCCCCUCUUGUUGCGUCCCCCUAUGCCCACGCCUGGUAA